CUGCCAAAGUAUUUCUGGGAAACAAGGGGGGAAAAUAAGAGUCUGAGCAGGCUAAGGAGGAUGAGAAAAAGUUCAAAGUUGCGAAAUUCUCAAUAAAAAAAGAUUGAACUGAAAAAAGAGAAAGCGGAAACCUCGAAAUGCCACCCAAUGCUCCACCUUCGACUGCCAUAGCCAAACCCCAUAAACCCUACUUCUUCUACGGCCACCGGAAACCCACCCAAAACCGCCCCACCGUCCGCGGCGGCCUUUUCUCCAACCGCCAAAUUAUCAGCCCCAAUCGCAAAAACCAUCCCCGACCUUCUUCCCAACCCGCAUUUGACCUCUCAAAAUGGGACCCGGACAGCCUUCCAACCCGACCCAAUUACCCAGAAAAGGACCCAUCUGAGAAAUUCUUCUCCGUGGCAAAGACUCUGUCCCCAAUUGCUAGGUACAUAGUUGACUCCUUUCGAAAACACCGCCACUGGGGUCCACCUGUCAUGGCGGACCUCAAUAAGCUCCGCCGUGUAACGCCGAAGCUGGUGGCGGAGGUUCUUAAAGUCCCUGAUAUUGAUUCCCGACUCUCGUCUAAGUUCUUCCACUGGGCUGGUAAGCAAAAGGGUUAUAGGCAUGAUUUUUCUUGUUACAAUGCGUUUGCCUAUAGCUUGAAUAGGACAAACCAAUUUCGAAGUGCUGAUCAGGUGCCUGAAUUAAUGUGUAUGCAAGGGAAGCUUCCUAGUGAGAAACAGUUUGAAAUCCUGAUAAGAAUGCAUUCUGAUGCAGGUAGGGGACUUAGGGUAUAUUAUGUGUACGAGAAGAUGAAAAAGUUUGGCAUUAAACCAAGAGUUUUUUUGUACAAUAGAAUAAUGGAUGCACUUGUUAAAACUGAUCAUUUGGAUUUGGCUAUGUCCGUGUACAAAGAUUUCAAAGAAGAUGGAUUAGCAGAGGAGAGUAUCACUUUCAUGAUUUUGAUCAAGGGCUUGUGCAAGUCUGGUCGGAUGCAUGAAGUGCUUGAGCAUUUGGGUCAUAUGAGAGAGUUGUGCAAACCAGAUGUAUUUGCAUACACGGCAAUGGUGAAGGUAUUAAUUGGAGAGGGAAAUUUAGAUGGAUGUUUGAGGAUUUGGGAGGAAAUGCGGAGGGAUGAAGUUGAGCCAGAUGUUAUGGCAUAUGGAACUUUAGUGACAGGAUUGUGCAAAAGAAGACAGAUUGAGAAAGCUUAUAAGUUCUUUAAGGAGAUGAAAGAGAAGGGGUAUCUGAUAGAUAGAGCUAUAUAUGGGUCAUUGAUUGAAGCAUAUGUGGCAAAGGGUAAGGUUGGUUCAGCUUGUGAUUUGCUGAAGGAUUUAGUCGAAUCCGGAUAUAGGGCUGAUUUGGCAAUAUAUAACUCUCUUAUUGAGGGAUUGUGUGGUGCAGAACGGGUUGAUAGAGCUUAUAAGCUUUUCCAAGUUAUGAUUGUAGAGGAUGUGCAGCCAGACUUUUCCACUGUGAGACCACUAUUGGUAUCUCUUGCGGAGCUGGAAAGAAUGGAUGACUUUUGCAAAAUGCUUGAGGAAAUGAAGAAUUUGGGUUUUUCUGUUAUUGAUGAUUUAUCAAAGCUGUUUGAAUUUAUGGUUGUCAAGGAUGAAAAAAUAAAACUGGCUUUAGAAUUGUUUGAAUAUUUGAAAAUGAAGGACUAUUGCAGCGUUUCAAUAUAUAAUAUUGUUAUGGAGACUUUGAACAGGAUUGGGGAGGUAAGAAAGGCGUUAGUAGUCUUGGAUGAAUUAAAAUGCUCAAAUUUUGAACCUGAUUCAGUAACUUACAGCAUUGCUAUCCAAUGUUUUGCUGAAGUUGGAGAUGUACAUGAAGCAUGUACAUGCUAUAACAAGAUAAAAGAGAUAUCCAAGUUGCCUUCUCUCGCUGCAUAUCGAUCUCUUGUAAAAGGGCUCUGUGCAACUGCGGAGAUUGAUGCAGCCAUGAUGCUAAUUCGUGACUGCUUAGGCAGUGUUGCAAGUGGACCCUUGGAAUUCAAGUAUACAUUAACAAUUAUUCAUCUUUGCAAGUCAAAAGAUGCCAAAAAGGUAGUUGGAGUAAUAGAUGAAAUGGUGGAACAGGGUUGUCUUCCGGAUAAUGUCAUAUAUUCUGCAGUUAUAUGCGGCAUGUGCAAGUAUGGGACAAUUGAAGAGGCAAGGAAAGUCUUUGUUGGUUUAAGAGAACGUCAACUUCUAAGUGAAGCUGAUGUGAUUGUUUAUGAUGAGUUGCUUAUUGACCACAUGAAAAAGAAGACAGCAGACUUGGUGUUAUCUGGCUUGAAGUUUUUUGGUCUGGAAAAGAAGUUAAAAGCAAGAGGCUCAACACUUCUGCCUGGCUGAGAAUGUGAAUUCAGAUACUUGCUUUAUGGAAGAAUACAGCAAAUUUUGACACAUUCUGUGUGGAGAAAAGCUACAAUCAAGAGAGUUGACCGUGGGGCUAUGUUGAGAAUUUUAAAUCAGGUUGAUACUUCAACAUCUUACUAGAAACAGUAUAGACAUUAACUUGUGGCUCAGAGUACUUUAGAUUGUUAUCAAGCUGCUAAAAUUUGGUAAAGUUAAGCAGUUAAAAAGCUGUCCUGUUUGGAUGGUUCAGGUCUGAUACGGCUUGUGAAUCCUGUGGUAGAAAGAGACCUAAAUAGACUGGUCUGCAGUAUGUGAAACAUGUCCUUGUGAGUGAAGUUGGGUCAAGUGGACAAGGUUGAUAAUUCAACAUCUUACUUUAGUUUGUUACCAAGCUGCGAAAAUUUGGUGAAGUUUAGCAGUUAAAAUGCCGUCCUGUUGGGAUGGUUCAGGUCUGAUAUGGCUUGUGAAUCCUGUGGUAGAAAGAGACCUAAAAUUUCUCUGAACAAUUGAGACUGGUCUGCAGUAUGUGAAACAUGUCCUUAUGAGUGAAGUUGGUUAAGCGAACAAGGUAAUUACCUGAUAUCGAUCAUUUACCAUCUUCGUUGUCUUUAAGGUAGUUCCGAGGCUGAGUUCUAUGAAUUGCAGUGUUUCACCUUUGAAGAAAAUAAUUGUCUAGCGUGAGUUUGGAGUUCGUCUAGAGCUGGCUUAAUGGUCAAUGACUUCCCCUUGCAAUGCAAUACCAGUAAAAGCCCUGACUCUAUACCAAGCAAGCUCCAGUGUUGGAUAAGUUAAAGUGGCAUUCUGUCUUUGGUUUGUGCUAUGGAGUAAAGCAUGUUCGGGAACCUUAAUCUACUGCCCUUCUGUCCGAGUGUAAAAUUUGGAUUAAGUAUAAAAAGGUAAGCCAAUAUCUGUGGAUGUUGCAAAUUUGGAUAUCGAUUCAGGUGGCAAAAUAUUUGAAGUUGGUAGCAAUUGCGUGAUCUGAGAAGGGUCUUGUUAGAC